AUGGAGUCUUCGGCGAAACAGCCGGAAGGCCUCUGUGAAAUGACUGGAAAGGAUAUUGACGGCGAGUCUCCGGCGAAACAGCCAGAAGGCCAAUCCGAAAUGACUGGAAAGGAUUUUAUCGGCGAAUCUUCGGCGAAACAGCCGGAAGGCCUCUGUGAAAUGACUGGAAAGGAUAUUGACGGCGAGUCUCCGGCGAAACAGCCGGAAGGCCAAUCCGAAAUGACUGGAAAGGAUUUUGUCGGCGAAUCUUCGGCGAAACAGCCGGAAGGCCUCUGUGAAAUGACUGGAAAGGAUAUUGACGGCGAGUCUCCGGCGAAACAGCCGGAAGGCCAAUCCGAAAUGACUGGAGAGGAUUUUGUCAGCGAAUCUUCGGCGAAACAGCCAGAAGGCGAAUCUGAAAUGACUGAAAAGGAUUUUGUCGGCGAAUCUUCGGCGAAACAGCCGGAAGGCCUCUGUGAAAUGACUGGAAAGGAUAUUGACGGCGAGUCUCCGGCGAAACAGCCGGAAGGCCAAUCCGAAAUGACUGGAAAGGAUAUUGACGGCGAGUCUUCGGCGAAACAGCCGGAAGGCCAAUCCGAAAUGACUGGAAAGGAUUUUGUCGGCGAAUCUUCGGCGAAACAGCCGGAAGGCCUCUGUGAAAUGACUGGAAAGGAUAUUGACGGCGAGUCUCCGGCGAAACAGCCGGAAAGCCAAUCCGAAUUGACUGGAAAGGAUUUUGUCGGCGAAUCUUCGACGAAACAGCCGGAAGGCCUCUGUGAAAUGACUGGAAAGGAUAUUGACGGCGAGUCUCCGGCGAAACAGCCGGAAGGCCAAUCCGAAAUGACUGGAAAGGAUUUUGUCGGUGAAUCUUCGGCGAAACAGCCAGAAGGCGAAUCUGAAAUGACUGAAAAGGAUAUUGACGGCGAGUCUUCGGCGAAACAGCCGGAAGGCCAAUCCGAAAUGACUGGAAAGGAUUUUAUCGGCGAAUCUUCGGCGAAACAGCCGGAAGGCCUCUGUGAAAUGACUGGAAAGGAUAUUGACGGCGAGUCUCCGGCGAAACAGCCGGAAGGCCAAUCCGAAAUGACUGGAAAGGAUUUUUUCGGCGAAUCUUUGGCGAAACAGCCAGAAGGCGAAUCUGAAAUGACUGAAAAGGAUAUUGACGGCGAGUCUUCGGCGAAACAGCCGGAAGGCCAAUCCGAAAUGACUGGAAAGGAUUUUGUCGGCGAAUCUUCGGCGAAACAGCCGGAAGGCCUCUGUGAAAUGACUGGAAAGGAUAUUGACGGCGAGUCUCCGGCGAAACAGCCGGAAGGCCAAUCCGAAAUGACUGGAAAGGAUUUUGUCGGCGAAUCUUCGGCGAAACAGCCGGAAGGCCUCUGUGAAAUGACUGGAAAGGAUAUUGACGGCGAGUCUCCGGCGAAACAGCCGGAAGGCCAAUCCGAAAUGACUGGAAAGGAUUUUUUCGGCGAAUCUUUGGCGAAACAGCCAGAAGGCGAAUCUGAAAUGACUGAAAAGGAUAUUGACGGCGAGUCUUCGGCGAAACAGUCGGAAGGCCAAUCCGAAAUGACUGGAAAGGAUAUUGACGGCGAGUCUCCGGCGAAACAGCCGGAAGGCCAAUCCGAAAUGACUGGAAAGGAUUUUGUCGGCGAAUCUUCGGCGAAACAGCCGGAAGGCCUCUGUGAAAUGACUGGAAAGGAUAUUGACGGCGAGUCUCCGGCGAAACAGCCGGAAGGCCAAUCCGAAAUGACUGGAAAGGAUUUUGUCGGCGAAUCUUCGGCGAAACAGCCAGAAGGCGAAUCUGAAAUGACUGAAAAGGAUAUUGACGGCGAGUCUUCGGCGAAUAAGCCGGAAGGCCAAUCCGAAAUGACUGGAAAGGAUUUUGUCGGCGAAUCUUCGGCGAAACAGCCGGAAGGCCUCUGUGAAAUGACUGGAAAGGAUAUUGACGGCGAGUCUCCGGCGAAACAGCCGGAAGGCCAAUCCGAAAUGACUGGAAAGGAUUUUUUCGGCGAAUCUUUGGCGAAACAGCCAGAAGGCGAAUCUGAAAUGACUGAAAAGGAUAUUGACGGCGAGUCUUCGGCGAAACAGCCGGAAGGCCGAUCCGAAAUGACUGGAAAGGAUUUUGUCGGCGAAUCUUCGGCGAAACAGCCGGAAGGCCUCUGUGAAAUGACUGGAAAGGAUAUUGACGGCGAGUCUCCGGCGAAACAGCCGGAAGGCCAAUACGAAAUGACUGGAAAGGAUUUUGUCAGCGAAUCUUCGGCGAAACAGCCGGAAGGCCUCUGUGAAAUGACUGGAAAGGAUAUUGACGGCGAGUCUCCGGCGAAACAGCCGGAAGGCCAAUCCGAAAUGACUGGAAAGCCAGAAGGCGAAUCUGAAAUGACUGAAAAGGAUAUUGACGGCGAGUCUUCGGCGAAACAGCCGGAAGGCCAAUCCGAAAUGACUGGAAAGGAUUUUGUCGGCGAAUCUUCGGCGAAACAGCCGGAAGGCCUCUGUGAAAUGACUGGAAAGGAUAUUGACGGCGAGUCUCCGGCGAAACAGCCGGAAGGCCAAUCCGAAAUGACUGGAAAGGAUUUUGUCGGCGAAUCUUCGGCGAAACAGCCGGAAGGCCUCUGUGAAAUGACUGGAAAGGAUAUUGACGGCGAGUCUCCGGCGAAACAGCCGGAAGGCCAAUCCGAAAUGACUGGAAAGGAUUUUUUUGGCGAAUCUUCGGCGAAACAGCGAGAAGGCGAAUCUGAAAUGAUUGAAAAGGAUAUUGACGGCGAGUCUUCGGCGAAACAGCCGGAAGGCCAAUCCGAAAUGACUGGAAAGGAUUUUGUCGGCGAAUCUUCGGCGAAACAGCCGGAAGGCCUCUGUGAAAUGACUGGAAAGGAUAUUGACGGCGAGUCUCCGGCGAAACAGCCGGAAGGCCAAUCCGAAAUGACUGGAAAGGAUUUUGUCGGCGAAUCUUCGGCAAAACAGCCAGAAGGCGAAUCUGAAAUGACUGAAAAGGAUAUUGACGGCGAGUCUUCGGCGAAACAGCCGGAAGGCCAAUCCGAAAUGACUGGAAAGGAUUUUUUUGGCGAAUCUUCGGCGAAACAGCCAGAAGGCGAAUCUGAAAUGAUUGAAAAGGAUAUUGACGGCGAGUCUUCGGCGAAACAGCCGGAAGGCCAAUCCGAAAUGACUGGAAAGGAUUUUGUCGGCGAAUCUUCGGCGAAACAGCCGGAAGGCCUCUGUGAAAUGACUGGAGAGGAUAUUGACGGCGAGUCUCCGGCGAAACAGCCGGAAGGCCAAUCCAAAAUGACUGGAAAGGAUUUUGUCGGCGAAUCUUCGGCAAAACAGCCAGAAGGCGAAUCUGAAAUGACUGAAAAGGAUAUUGACGGCGAGUCUUCGGCGAAACAGCCGGAAGGCCAAUCCGAAAUGACUGGAAAGGAUUUUGUCGGCGAAUCUUCGGCGAAACAGCCGGAAGGCGAAUCUGAAAUGACUGAAAAGGAUAUUGACGGCGAGUCUUCGGCGAAACAGCCGGAAGGCCAAUCCGAAAUGACUGGAAAGGAUUUUGUCGGCGAAUCUUCGGCGAAACAGCCGGAAGGCGAAUCUGAAAUGACUGAAAAGGAUGUGUUGGACGGCGAAUUAAAGCCGGUGCUGCUGUCUGUAGAUGUCGACUUCAUGCUUCUUACUGCUAUCAUUAAAGGCCCCACUACCAUUCGAGGCCUUGUUAGGCUAGCUCGAAUUUCAAGUAAUUGGAAAAGCGCACUGUAUAGGCCGAUAAUGAAGCGGAACGACGUAAGAUAUGAACUCUUUGGAGAAGGGCGAAGAGAACUACUGCUAAGUUUCAUCAAGCGAGUUCAAGACGUGAACACAAAGAUUCCAAACGUGAAGCUAGUUUUGCAGAACAAAAAUCUCACAGUCAGUCAUCUAAUCGAUUUCCAGAACUUGCCGGGGUUUCGAUUCUCGGCCGCUGAUGUUCAUCUGGUAGAAGAGUUCAUUUCCCUCAUUGGGAUGAAUCCAAAUAUUGUUACUCAGAGGAAAAUCGAGAUGUUCUUUAAGGGACAUUUCACACUUACUGCUGGAGGCCAACCCUACUUUGAGGACGGGAUGUGGGAUUUCCCCAUUGGAGAGAUUCCUGAAAUUAUAACUCAAAAGAGGAAUUUGAUGAUGCCUAGUCUGUGUGAUGAUUAA